AUGCAUAACCAGGACAAGGCCGGCGGCGGCGUGGACGGGGAGAAGCGGGAGGCCAGCGAGGAGGCCAGCGAGGAGCGGAAGCAGAGCAAAGACAAGCUGAACAAGCUGGAGCGGGAGAGCAGCGAGAAGGAGCCCCGGGGCCCCCGGAGGCCCGGGCCCCGGCGGAGCGGCUGGGCGCUGAGCGAGCGGCUGGCCAUCAACGUGUCGGGGAUGCGCUACGAGACGCAGCUGCGCACGCUGGCCCAGUUCCCCGACUCGCUGCUGGGCGACCCCCGCCGCCGCCUGCGCUACUUCGACCCGCUGCGCAACGAGCUGUUCCUGGACCGCAACCGCGUGUGCUUCGACGCCAUCCUCUACUUCUACCAGUCGGGGGGGCGGCUGCGGCGGCCGGCCAACGUGCCGCUGGACAUGUUCCUGGAGGAGCUGCGCUUCUACGAGCUGGGCGAGGAGAUCAUCGACCGCUUCAAGGCCGACGAGGGCUUCCCCAAGGAGGAGGAGCGCCCGCUGCCCCCCCAGAAGUGGCAGCAGCGCAUCUGGAUGCUGUUCGAGUACCCGGAGUCCUCCGGGGGGGCCCGCAUCAUCGCCAUCAUCAGCGUGAUGGUCAUCAUCCUGUCCAUCCUCAUCUUCUGCCUGGAGACCAUGCCGGAGUUCAGGAACGAGAAGGAGCGGAGGGAGGUGAGGACGGGGUGUCACCCUCUGACCUCAUUGGGGGAGGGGGGGGAGAGGGUCAGAAACAGAGCGUAG